UGGUCUAGCCCUCUACUGAUAUCCGCGCCGUCGUCUGUCGCAGCGUCAAAGUACCCAUAUAUAAACCUACGGAAGUAGCUACGCUCCUCAUCGAAGAUGCGGACCCGCUGGAAGAGCUCGAGAAUGACAUUAGCUACGUGUACUCCAGGUACGCACCCAUUAGCGUUCGGUUGGUCCAGUGCGUGUCCCAGAAGAGGGGUGUUCUGAGCAACCCUGCUGGGGAGAAAGGCAAGAAGGUUGCUGGUGACGACACCAAGGGUGGAAAGGGGAAGGACGCGGCUCCACCGAAGGUCCAGGCCCACCUGAACAUGGGCUGGAAGGGCUUUGAAGACAUGGUCGCCACUAUCCCGGGCGCGACGGUUGACAUUGUGCAGAAGGUCCCAGGCUCGCAGGAUGGAGCAGGGCCUGCUGUUUCUACCCUACGUGAGUGGUCUACAUUUGUCGCGUGCGGCGCCAGGGUGUUGCUUAUCCAGGGACGGCUGCUGUACAAUGCUUCCGAAGGAACAGUCGUCGAUGACGGUGGUCUUCUUCUUAGGAGGAUGCACAUAUACGGAGAUCGCUACGCUCCGGCGGGUUGGGAGGCAGAAUAUUGGUGCGUGCGCCCUGGCUGCGCCGUUUGAGCUGGACUGAGGUCGAGUGGCGCACAGGUCGAAGGAUACUGGUGGCGACGACGGAGGUCGUGAGCGGGAAGAGCGUGGUGGAGAGUCCGGCAGACAGCGGGGUGGUCGCUGCAGGCCCCGUCCGAGGUCGGUAUCUAGCUGCCAGUCGUGUGUGUGUGUGUGCAUGAAUUCGAAUAUUUCGACGUGCCACGCGGAGACGACUGAGCACGUUGCCGA